CAACAAGGAAAAAACAGGUAGCCAAAGUCGUCGGGACGAGGGAGAGUUGGGGAAAUUUUAUCCUCUUUAAUUUUCCUGCGCAAUAAAGAAGAAUCUUUGGUUAACUUGCUUUCCUCCAAGUUUCUUUAAUUCGAAAGCAAGCAUUACUGUGUUCGAUGGCUGUAGUCGUCGAAGCCCACUUGCAGGAAAAAAGGGCCAACUUUUGCUAAGUGUUUGAUCAUUCAUUUCUGUUGUGGGACUGUGGUUUGCUUCCUCUACAAGCGAUAUGGCCUUGACAAAAUUGCUUCUGUUGUGCCCCUUUUUCUAUUACAUAUUUUUGUGUGAAUUGAUUUUCUUCAUGUGGAUAUUUAAAAUCUUUUGAUUUCCUGCCCAAAGCUUGCUUUUCUCUGGUAGGGUUUGAUUUUCGAACUCUGUGGUGGAAGCAAUUUGGGAGUAUUCUUCGAUUUCGAAAGGUAUUGCAGAAAAGCUCAAUCGGUCAAUCCCACCAUAAUUUUCUUCUGAAACGAGGAUUAAUGAUUGCCAGUGACUUCCCACUGAUGAAUCUCCUGAAUUCUGGAUUCUUGGCUUUCAUUUUCGUUAGUCUUGUAGCUGCCUCGCAGACUUGUCAUCCAAAUGAUUUGUCAGCCCUUAAGGAUUUUGCAGGGCAGUUAACCAACGGUUCUGUAAAAUUCCAAUGGCUGAAUGAAUCGAAUUGCUGUGGAUGGGAAGGAGUUGUCUGCGGAAAUGGAGUCGACAAAUCAGGAUUGGGCAGAGUGAUCGAGCUGAGUUUAUCAGGCAAAGGCUUGAAAGGAGUGGUUUCAGCAUCCAUUUCCAAUUUGGAUAACCUGAAAUCGCUCGAUCUUUCGUACAAUUCUCUCGAAGGCGAAAUACCUUCGAAAUUCUCCAAUCUGAAGCAGCUGGAAGUCCUUGAUUUCAGCCAUAAUGUUCUUGUCGGAACAGCAUUCGGAUCUAUUGCUGGUUUGGAAUCAAUUCAGUCGCUCAAUCUAUCCGGAAACUCAUUCAAUGGAAGUUUAAAUGAUUUCGGGAUAUUCCCAAAUCUUUUCGCAUUGAAUUUGAGCAACAAUUUCUUCAAUGGUCAGCUCAACACAAGAAACUGCAGCUUCUCCAGCAAAAUCAGAGUUCUUGAUUUAUCUCGGAAUCAUUUCACCGGUGGAAUUCAAGGCUUCGACGCUUGCAGCCGGUUAAUUCAGCAGCUUCAUCUUGAUUUCAAUUCGUUUUCUGGUGAAAUUCCUGAUUCGCUUUACUUGCUGUCCUCUUUAGAGCUGCUGUCGAUUUCUGUAAAUAAUUUUUCCGGCGAGCUCAGUGAGAAAAUCGGCAACCUUUCCAACCUCAAAGUGUUGGUUUUAUCCGGGAACCGGUUCUCAGGCUCUCUGCCUAAUGUUUUUGGGAAUUUAACUCAUCUCGAGCUGUUUAUUGCAUAUUCGAAUUCAUUCGACGGUUUGUUGCCCUCGACUUUAUCACUUUGCUCUAAGUUACGGGUGCUAGAUCUCCGCAACAACUCACUUUCUGGUCGAAUUGAUCUUGAUUUUUCGGGGCUCUCUAAUCUCUGUACACUCGAUUUGGGAACUAAUCGUUUUAUUGGAUCAUUACCAGAGUCGCUCUCUCGCUGCCAAGGAUUGGAAGUUGUGAGCCUUGCUCGAAACAAUUUAAGUGGUUCGAUCCCACCUAGCUAUGCUAAUCUGUCGUCUCUUAAAUUUCUCUCGCUGUCGAACAAUAGCCUUGCUGAUUUAUCGAGAUCCUUAUCUGUGUUGAAGAAUUGCAGGAACCUCACCACCCUUAUACUCACGAAAAAUUUCCAUGGUGAAGAGAUUCCCGAAAAUGUGUCUGGAUUCGAAAGCCUCCUUCUUCUUGCCCUGGGAAACUGCGGCCUGACCGGUAGGAUCCCAAAUUGGCUGUCGAAUUGCCGGAAGUUGCAAGUCCUCGACUUGUCGUGGAACCGUCUGGACGGCAGCAUGCCUUCCUGGAUAGGCCGGAUGGACGGUUUAUUCUAUUUGGAUUUAUCUAACAAUUCAUUAACCGGCGGGAUUCCAAAAAGUGUGACGGAGCUCAGAAGCCUUAGCUCUGUCAACGGCUACGCCUCGAGCCUUAAUGCUUCGACUGGUAUCCCGAUUUUUGUCAAGAGAAAUCAGACCGGCACAGCCUUGCAGUAUAAUCAAGCUUCGAGUUUCCCUCCGUCGAUAUUUUUGAACGACAACCGGAUAAAUGGAUCGAUUUGGCCUGAAAUUGGGCAGUUGAGGCAGCUCCAUGUCUUGGAUCUAAGUCGGAAUAACAUAUCCGGGACCAUUCCCAGCUCGAUAUCGGAAAUGGUGAAUCUCGAGACACUUGAUUUGUCGGACAAUGAUCUCCACGGAUCGAUCCCUUCAUCGUUCAACCGCCUCACUUUUCUCUCAAAGUUUAGCGUCGCGAAUAAUCAUCUCGAGGGGCCUAUUCCAACCGGGGGACAAUUCUUUAGUUUUCCGAGCUCGAGCUUUGAGGGAAAUCCUGGACUUUGUGGGAAGUUAAUUUCAUCUUGUAUCGACAAAAACUCGGAUAAUACUUCUUUGUCUCAUCGACAUGGAAAAUUUGGUCAGGGAAGUAUUCUCAGUAUAACACUCAGCGUUGGGAUUGCGAUGGCUUUGAUCGUAGCAGUUCUUGUAAUAAAAAUAUCGAGAAAUGAUGUUAAAGUUCCGACUGAACUUUCGGAGGAGGAAAUCAGCCAUGGAUUUACCGAUGCAUUUGGGCCUCCGAAGCUGGUUCUUUUCAAGAAUGCCGAGUGUCGGGAACUCACAGUUCUUGAUUUGCUUAAGUCGACUAAUAACUUCAACCAAUCGAACAUCGUUGGUUGCGGAGGCUUCGGAUUAGUUUAUAUGGCUGAUCUUCCUAACGGCGCUAAAGCAGCGAUCAAGAGGCUUUCUGGAGACUGCGGACAAAUGGAACGCGAAUUUCAAGCCGAAGUCGAAGCUCUCUCAAGAGCGCAGCACAAAAACCUCGUCUCGCUUCAGGGCUAUUGUCGCUGUGGGAACGACCGGCUGCUAAUCUACUCUUACAUGGAAAAUGGAAGUCUCGACUACUGGCUGCACGAAAGAGUCGAUGCAAGUUCUUUUCUUACAUGGGAUACUAGGUUAAAAAUUGCACGUGGCACAGCUCAUGGCUUGGCGUACUUGCACAAAGAGCCGAACAUAAUUCAUAGAGACAUCAAAACGAGUAACAUCCUUUUGGACGAGAAAUUCGAAGCUCAUUUAGCCGAUUUUGGGCUCUCGCGGCUACUCCGCCCUUACGACACUCAUGUAACGACAGAUUUAGUCGGUACUUUGGGGUACAUUCCGCCGGAAUACAGCCAGACAUUGACGGCGACUUUCAGGGGCGACAUAUACAGCUUUGGAGUUGUUCUACUUGAGCUUCUUACCGGUAGGCGACCUGUCGAGGUGUGUAAGGGAAAAAGUUGCCGGGACCUUGUUGCGUGGGUGCAUCAAAAGAAAUUCGAGAAAUCGGAGGAAGAGAUAUUUGAUUUGACUCUUCGAGGUAAAGAUUGUUAUGACAACAACAAACAACUGAUGAUUGUGCUCGGUAUUGCUUGUAAAUGUUUAGACCGUGAUCCUCGGAGAAGACCCUCGAUCGAUGAAGUUGUAUCGUUGCUAGAUGCGGUCGAUAUUUAGGAAUAGGACAUUCUCCUAUAAUCGAGACAAAAGUUUGUUCAAUUUCGAUGUAUAUUGUAUAGAAUGCAUUUGAUCCGGUUUGUUCUUCAA